GGAAACGCCAAAGGGGGCGGUGACGGGGCAGCCUAGGUUGUGGCGGUUCCCCGGUGGUUGCGCGUUGAGGGCUGAGGCGUUUUCGAGCAUUUGGACGAUGCCGUGACGCAGCAUAGCGACAGCGUUGACAGCGUGAGCGCACCCCUGUGGAGGGAGACCUUCGGUCGCGGAGGUGGCGCGUCAAGAAGGCAGGUUGCUAUUUGAGGGUGCUCCCUCGGAGCCCUUCAGUGAGUGGGGGAGGGGUGGCGGACGCCGAGCGGUCCCCGUCUGCGCUUGCGCCGGCGCCUCCGGUGACCCGGCCUACACGCACGCGCAUGCCCGCUGCGCGUGGAGCCGCGGUGGCCGGCGGCAUUGCGCGUGCGCGCAGAAGAGCCCGCUGAGGAGCGGCCGCUGGCGGACGUCGGGCGGACGGCCCGUGACGUCGUGAGGAACGCUUUAAAGUGCGGGCUGGGCCGGGCGUCUGAGGGUCUGGCUGGGAGUCGGGUCGGUCUUCCGCGGCGGCCCUCCGCGGCAUGAGGCGCUGCCGGCGCCCUUGGUCUCUGGGACGUGGAGAAGGUGGAGGAGGAGGAAGCCCCGUUGCCGCCACAGCUGCAUGACCCCCCGCCCCUGAGGCCCGACCCCGCGCCCGGUCCCUCGACGCCCCCCGCCGGGUCCCCCGGUCUCGCAUGGGGGCUUGGCGCUGAGGAACACUUUUUCUCCCGGGGUGCCGGGGCGCGUCCUCCGAGAGCCAUGCCCGGCCGCCCCUCCCGCCCCGGAGGACCCUAGAGCAACGUCGCGGGGGCCAUGGCGGCCGCCAGCGGUUACACGGACCUGCGUGAGAAGCUCAAGUCCAUGACGUCCCGGGACAACUAUAAGGCGGGCAGCCGGGAGGCAGCGGCCGCCGCCGCCGCCGCCGCCGUAGCCGCCGCUGCCGCUGCCGCCGCCGCCGCCGAGCCUUACCCGGUGUCCGGGGCUAAGCGCAAGUACCAGGAGGACUCGGACCCCGAGCGCAGCGACUAUGAGGAACAGCAGCUGCAGAAAGAGGAGGAGGCGCGCAAGGUGAAGAGCGGCAUUCGCCAGAUGCGCCUCUUCAGCCAGGACGAGUGCGCCAAGAUCGAGGCCCGCAUCGACGAGGUGGUGUCCCGCGCCGAGAAGGGCCUGUACAACGAGCACACGGUGGACCGGGCCCCGCUGCGCAACAAGUACUUCUUUGGCGAGGGCUACACGUACGGUGCCCAGCUGCAGAAGCGCGGGCCUGGCCAGGAGCGCCUCUACCCGCCGGGCGAUGUGGACGAGAUCCCCGAGUGGGUGCACCAGCUGGUGAUCCAGAAGCUGGUGGAGCACCGCGUCAUCCCCGAGGGCUUCGUCAACAGCGCCGUCAUCAACGACUAUCAGCCCGGCGGCUGCAUCGUGUCUCACGUGGACCCCAUCCACAUCUUCGAGCGCCCCAUCGUGUCCGUGUCCUUCUUUAGCGACUCGGCGCUCUGCUUCGGCUGCAAGUUCCAGUUCAAGCCUAUCCGGGUGUCGGAACCGGUGCUUUCUCUGCCAGUGCGCAGGGGAAGCGUGACUGUGCUCAGUGGAUAUGCUGCUGAUGAAAUCACUCACUGCAUACGGCCUCAGGACAUCAAGGAGCGCAGAGCGGUCAUCAUCCUCAGGAAGACGAGAUUAGACGCACCCCGGUUGGAAACAAAGUCCUUGAGCAGCUCUGUGUUACCACCCAGCUAUGCUUCAGAUCGUCUGUCGGGAAACAACAGGGACCCUGCUCUGAAACCCAAGCGGUCCCAUCGCAAGGCAGACCCUGAUGCCGCCCACAGGCCUCGGAUCCUAGAAAUGGACAAGGAAGAGAACCGGCGCUCGGUGCUGCUGCCCACACACCGUCGGAGAAGUAGCUUCAGCUCUGAGAACUACUGGCGCAAGUCCUAUGAGUCCGGGGAGGACUGCUCGGAGGCGGCAGGCAGCCCCGCCCGCAAGGUGAAGAUGCGGAGGCACUGAGGCGUGCCGUGCACCCCUGGGAACUCUGGUUACUCCUCACGUAGCUGCCCCCUCCUUUUGUUCGUUUCGGUUUUUUGGUGUUCCGUUUUGUUUUUGUUUUUGUUUUUGGUUUUUGUUUUCAUUUUUUGGUUUUUGUUUUUUUGAUCCUGAAUUUUUUUCCUCGGGUUUGUCGCCUGUUAAGGCUGAAGAACAGAUUUGGCUGGGACCUGAUUCUCGUGUUCUCGGUUUUCCUACAAAAUGGAAAGGCUGUUGGCAUCUGUAGGGGACAGAAGCUCAUGCUGGAGUGGCCAGUAGAGAUGUGGGGGGCAGCUGUCCUCAAGUGGGGCUGUCAGGCUGGGUUUAUUUAAAAGCAACAAAAUGUUUUGGUUAAGAAAAUUCUUGUUUUGCUUUAAAUGUAAAUCUUCUCAGUGUUGUAAAUGAAGUUCAGUCUUCUGUCCCUUCCCUUCCCACCUGUGUCUGCGUGCUGGGUUGAGGUCUCAUGCUCCUUAUUGGUUCUGCUGGAGGCCUGCUGUCCUCCCACCUCUCACCUGUUCUCCAGGGCCUGGAAGCCUACACAAGUACCCUCUUCCUCCUGUAGCAGAGUUGUUCAGGAUGACUGGGUGGAGGUUUAAAAAGUCCUCUGCCACCCCAAAGCUAUUGGCUGAGCUCCGGGCUUCCUCCAUGUUCACUGGCCUGCUCUGCCCAUGGGUCCCCGAGCUGCUGAGGGGCUGGCUACAGUGGUCCUGACCUUUCUUGCCAAGAGCACACGUCUUUGCUGGGUUGCUUCUUUCAAGCAUAUGCGUGUGAUUGUAUGGAACAGUUAGACUUACCAUGUUGGGGCAGUUUUAGGAAUUGUUUCUAGAUAGAGGGACUGGUGUCCUUCCAAGUCUAGCAUUUGGGGUAUGGAAAAUUGUUGUGGUGUGUGGUAGGGUUUUUGUUUUCUUUUGUUUUUGAGUUAUUUUUUCAUUUGCUCUCCGGACUUUUUCCUAACCCUUUCCUUUCUCCUUCAUUGGCCAGCUUGGGGCCUUCUCUCCAUGUCAUCCCCAUAGGAAGGUGCCUGCCCACCUGCUCUGUCUGCCUGUAGCAUGCAUCCAAGGCCAGAGCUCAGGUCUGCAGACUGGGUUGGCACCUCCUCUGCCUCAGGGGCGUGGGAGCUGGGGAAGGGGCUUUUAAGAAGUAAUAAAAGGAAAAAGAUAAUAAAGUUUUUGGCAGUUCCCACCUACUCAGAUCCUUGCAAGGUUCUGAUGAUCUAGAUUCAUUAGGAAUGUCUCCUUGCCAGCCAUGGCCGAGACCUGGGCCUGCUGAGAGCAGAGGCUUUCCCAGUCCCCAGGCUGCUACCACCCCAGGGGGCCUUGUCUUACAGAGGCCCAGGCCUGAGGCUGCAGAAGUCUGGGGCAACCGUCAUCAAGAAGCCCCCUCUCAGGGGCCAGAACUCCUUUGCCAGCGUGGAUUCAAGUCGGGACUGCAUAACUAAAGCAGUUGCAGGUUUAUUUUUCUUACAGCUUUUUUCCCAAAAAUGAUUUGUAGUUGUGUGUGCAGCACUUUGCCCUGAUAUGUGUGCUCUACAAUAAAAACCAAAUCUAAUAUAUUUUGAAA